AUGAGCAUCCAACACAAGGAGCAGCAGAUUACACAAAGAAAGGUACUGAACAGUCAACCAUCAUCUCCCAACCAGAGAUCUCCAGUGGUGGAGAGGAAGUCUCAACGGCACGAUGGAUGCUGCAGGAUCCUUGCCAUGUUAAUCUCUGUGCUCUCAGAGACACAGCAGCCAUCCAAGGCAAGUCUUCAGCAACAGGUUGGUGAACUCAGAGAGGAGCUUCAACGUCAGAGAGAACUCAAGGACACUUACAAAGCUCGUAUGGAGAGGAUGCAGGACUAUGUCAGGUUCUGCUUAGACAUUGCACAGCAGAAUGGAUUCCUGCACCACAUAUCCAACAACCAGCAACCCCCUCAUCCCACAGAAUUCAAUCAUGAAACAACCUCAAAACCAGUUGAUAGGAUGACCGGUGAUCCCCAGUUAGCGGGCAUUAGGGAUCAAGCAAAGAUCAAUGGAUGGUUUAUUGAGCCCCAUGAG